CAUAUCCAUAGAUUAACAAUAACUGACCAUAACCUAAUUGUAUCUGCAAUGAAAAAAAUUGAUUGAAUUUGGAUGGAACUAAAUGUUUUUUAUCCAUGGUUUUAUUCAAUAUUUGUAAAUCGAUUAAUUUAUUAGAAUAAACGUUUUUAAUCGAAGUACAGGUGAAAAAUAAAAUUGGCAACAAUCAGAAACACAAUCAACGAGAAAAAAAUGCACUUAUUUUAGAUAUUUAUAUACUUCUACAAUCAAGAUGUUUACUCAUGCACAAUUGCUAUUUUAUACCUUUUUAGAGAGGGCUAAUUAAAAUAAAAGCAAAAAUAGUAGUAAGGAAAAUAGAUAUGUAGGUAUAAAAAGAAAAGUUCUUUGAGAAUGAGUGUUCCAAAAAUGAAAAAUGGUGUUAAGUACGGAAUGGUCCCAAGUUGAAGUAAUAGAUCUAAUCAAUGAUGGAAGUGGCUUGGGUUUUGGAAUCGUAGGGGGUCGCAGUACGGGGGUAGUUGUGAAAAGUAUUUUACCUGGUGGUAUUGCUGAUAAAGGACGACGUCUACAGAGUGGAGAUCAUAUUUUGCAAAUCGGAGGUGUCAAUCUAAAAGGUUUAGGAUCAGAACAGGUUGCUGUUGUACUCAGACAAGCUGGAGCUCAUGUUAGAAUGGUAGUAGCAAGACCUAUUGAAAUAACUUCUGCAAAUUUACAAGAGUUUGUACCAACUGCACCUAUUGUUCCCACAAAGAUUCUUUGUGAUCCAGAAGAGAUUGAUAAACUACUUUCCCAAAAUGGUUACAUGCAGUUUAGCAAUUUCAGUCACUUUGAUGCUUAUGAAAAUCAAAUGACACUUCAGCAGGGCUCUUCUGAAUGCUUAACCAACUGUGUAAUUAUUGAUGGUAUAAUUAGAAAUUCAGAGGUUGCCUCCAUAAACCGUUUAAAUAAUUAUAAAGAUUGUGACAUUGAAGCACCUACAGAGAACAAUUUUCAAUUAUUCGAAGACUUGCCUGAAACUGAGUGUUUCACUGUUGAACUAAAAAAACAUAAAGAGUUUGGACUGGGAAUAACAGUUGCUGGUUAUAUUUGUGAAAGGGAAGAUUUAAAUGGCAUAUUUAUUAGAAGUGUAAGUGCCGAUAGUGAUGCUUAUAGAUGCAACAAAAUCAAAAUAAAUGAUCGCAUAGUAGGAGUUGAUGAUGAACCAUUAGAAAAUUGCACCAAUUAUGAGGCCAUUGAGAAGUUAAAAAAAGCUGGAGAAAUUGUCAAAAUUAGUUUUGAAAGAUAUUUACGUGGACCAAAGUAUGAUCAUUUGCAGGAAGCAUUACUUCACAAUCAAGAAAAUAAAGAUGCAAGUCCACCCUCUCCCACUACAACGACCCUUAGUUGGAUUCCAAUAAACACUGAAAUUAAUAUUGAAGCUGAAGGAGAGUCUAUUGCUUCAGUAAACAGUGAGGUUUUGGAAAACAAUAAUAACGAAGAACAAGAGGUGUUCAUUGACGAAAAUUUCCAGGCAGAAUCUCUAGAUAUUCUCGAAGAAUCCGUUAAACAAAAGUGGCAAAAACAAGUCAAUUCUGACUCAGAUAUAGUAGUGUUGCACUUAAGAAAACUCACUGGUUUGGGUAUUAGUCUGGAGGGCACUGUAGAAGUGGAGGACGGAAUCGAACAGAAUCCUCGUCACUUUAUCAGAUCAAUUUUGCCUGAAGGCCCCGUGGGCCAGUCAGGUAAAUUACGCCCCGGCGACGAAAUACUUGAAGUCAACGGUCAGAAGCUGAUCGGUGUGAAUCACGUGGAAGCGGUUAAGGUGCUCAGGAAUUUGCCUAGCGCUGUCCGUCUCGUUUGUGCGAGAAAGAACCAAGGAAAUCGUGUCAUCAACACGUCCCAAAAUCUGAAAGCUUUCGAACAAAGAAAUAUCUUAGGCGGUAGUCUAAAGAAUCUUAUAGUACAAAACGGACCAAAGCAACUGGUCAAAGCUCUCAGCGAUACCAGCAUAAAUAACAGUAGUCACACAAAUACUAAUAACAAUAACACUAAUAAUAACAGUAACGGUAGCGCGACUACAAUAACUCCAGAACCCACGCUACAAAAAACAAAGUCUAGAUCACUUGAAAACACAAACGUCGCCAUGUGGUCGGACGAGGUAGAAUACAUUGAUCUGAUUAAAGGUGAUAAGGGUCUUGGAUUUUCUAUUUUGGAUUACCAAGACCCGGUUGAUACAGCAGCUACUAUAAUCGUCGUGCGAACUUUAGUACCUGGUGGAGUAGCAGAGACAAAUGGUAAAAUACAACCAGGAGACUGUCUGAUAUCAGUUAAUGGAACAGAAUUAAAAAAUAUGGCCCUGGACCAAGCCGUCCAGGCACUGAAGGGCACAAUGCCGGGACCUGUUAGACUAGGAAUCGCAAAACCGCUUCUUCCAAAUUUACAACAACAAUAAACAAGAACAUGCAUUGUGUAUAUUGUUACUAGUUUUAUUUAUUAUGUGUGCGUAUGUAAAUUUACCUUUGGCUAGUAGAACUCCACCACGGCUUACAGUCAAUUUUCACUGAAGUAAUGAUAAUACUAUUGAAUUAUUGUACAAAAAGUUUUAACAAUAAAAAAUGACUGUAUUUAUCGGA